UCCAAUGGUAGAUUGUUUUGUUGGCCAGUUCUAAUUGGUUCUGUACAAUAUGUUUGAUCCUGCAGUAAUUGGAAGAAAAUAGCACUGCAUCUUUCCUCUUAGACUUGUAGACUACUGGGAUCAAUUACAGUAUGUUACCAGUGAAAAGCUAAAUGUUUUCAACACAAAGGAAGCCAGAGAUGGAGAUUUCAAAUGUUACUCCAAGGAAGAUUCUCAAAGCAAAGAAAACUCUUUGUCCAAGUAACAGGCAGCAAUGGACAGCAUUGGUCAACUUGAGAGAUCACCGUGAAAAUGAAAGAACCUGUAGGGAAUCUGAUCGCCAGGAGAAACAUCGGAGGAAUGUUGGCUCCAUUGGUUUGGGUUGUCAGUCUGAAAAACACUUUGUUCCAAAUGGCACAAACACAAAUCAUCUGAAACCUGAAUUCAACCAGCCUGCACCGUUCCAUCAAAAGAAUGAGGUUAGCACUACCCAGAACAAGAAGUUAGCUGAAAUCCGUAUUGCAGAGAGAUGUUGCAACAUCACAAGCUUAAAAAGUCCUGCUGGAACUCCGCACAAUGGUCAUCUUGAAGCAAGAAAAGCAAACCAUCAGAAACACAAGACUAUUAAUUUGUUGAGAAAGGUUAUUUAUCCAUUGAAAAAAUCUACUGAUAAAUUGGAGUCUGAUGUAAAUAGUUCAUUUCAUGUUUCAUCACGUGUGUUAAAGGAAGCUUUUGACUUAGCUUCUGUACAGUGUUCAACAAAGAUUUCCAAGUUAGUGGAACAGAAGAACUGUGUAAAAUUGAUGAAUGCAGACAGGAAACAGGAUUGUGAGCCAGUGUUCAGCAGUGUUGGUGUCAAACAUCUUAAAUUUGUUUCUUCAGACUUCAACGAGAAUAAAACCAGAAAUAAAAGAAAAUUAAAGGAUUCAGUUAUCCCUAUUUUAGAAAAGAUGUCCAUCGAGGCUCACGAGGACAUUAUGUGCAAUAGGAAUUUGCUAGCUUCGCCUGUUCACAGUCUCGAUGAUGAAGUUGAGAAAAGAGAGCAAAAAGGCCAUCAAAGGUCAUCUGAUUCGAAAUGCAUUAAAAGAAUGAAAUUCCAGCAGGAAGGAUCCAUGUUCCUAUCUGAGUAUCAACAUGAAAUUCAAUACAGCUCAGCUUUGCCAAAGGCCAUAAAAACAAAUUAUGGCGAAGUUCAGAGAAAGAGAACCCUUUCAGAAGGCAAAGAAAAAGAUUAUCCAAAGCAUUUGAAGACCUCGGAGGUUCACCAAAAUGAUCACAUGGAUGUGAGGUCAAAAAGGCAGAGCACAGAACCUGUCCAGAAGGUGUCUUCAGAAGAGAUUCAAGAAAUGCUGCAAAAAAAGAUUGUCGCCAGACAUAAUGAGAUUUUGGGCAACAGCCUUGCAGAACUAACAAAGAAAAUUGAAAGUAUUGACUGCGGCAAGAAUCACGAAGAAUUAGCUAAAAGUCUUUGUACCAGAAUAAAACGGUUGGAAAGGAAAGUGAAAAUCAUGUUGGAGCCUGUCCACGCACCCGGAAAGAAUCGAGAUGAGAGCGCUUCUACAUCAGCAGCACUGCAGCAACCUGAACCAUCUAUGACGCCACAGUAUGCUAGCACUGCCAUUAACUCAACGCAGCCGGCACAGCCCAUGUCACCAGGAAAGCCUUUGGGAUCCUCCACGGAGCUGGUUAUUCUGUCAGACGAAUUACCUCACAGAAAACCCCCAGAAGUUUCGCCUUACUUUCUGUUGAAAAAGAACUUGCGGUUGCCUUUCAGAAAGAAUCUACACAAGAUAGGAAUGGGCGGCUCAAAAUCUGACCCCGAUGGUGCAAAGAGCAUUUUUCCACCACCAAGACCUUUGGAAGGUACAACUCCCAUCAGCUAUGUUAUUCCAGAUAUUUUUUUAAAAGCAGCACAAAGGAAUGAGGGGUCAGGUCCUGUGACUUCAGAGGUUGAGAGUAAGGAGGAUGAAGUUGAAUCAAGCCAGUCUGCAGGUCCACUAGAAGAGUCCAAGCACAGAGCCAAGGGUAACAGUAAAGGAGAACUGCCAAGAGUAGCAGUGUCUCAGAGCCAGAUUGCUACUGCUCCAGAUGACAUGCAGCCGUCGCUCAUUCACUCGCCUGCUGAGGCUGUUGCCAAUCCUGGGCCAAUGUCACGCAUCACUGGGCCUGAACCCGCUGACUUUCACAGUAAGAGACAAACUGCAGUGAGCGCACAGGUGGCAAAGACUGCGGCCACCCCAAUAAGUUCAAUAGGUGAUCCUGCUGCAGAUAUUGGAAAUAAGAUUGUGAAAGAUGAUCCAAAUCGAGUCAUUUCUACCACAGAUCAACAAUCACUGUCGGCUCAGGUGGUCACUCACUGUGUUACACCUUCACCCCGGGCAGACACCCCAGAAAGCUCAGAGUUGCUUCUUGAAGCUCAGGAGACUAAUCCUCCCCAGAAACCUGAACUGAACCUGAUACAAGUGGAAACACCAAAAGGCAUUGUACUCUCUUGGAACGUUCUGGAUGUUGACCAAACAUGUGCCCCAGUGCACAGUUACCAGUUGUAUGCAUACCAUCGAGACAUCAAUUUGAAGUGCCCAUCACAGUGGAAGAUUAUUGGAGAAAUCAAAGCCCUUCCUCUCCCGAUGGCGUGCACUUUGAUUCAUUUUCUACUUGACAGCGUAUAUUAUUUUGCAAUUCGAGCAAAGGAUAUUUAUGGACGCUAUGGCCCAUUUUGUGAAACGCAAACUAUUUCUUUGCAAUCCGGAGCAAAUACAGAAGAACAUUCUUUAUAAAAGAUCUUAAUUGUUUCACAUUUGACCCUUGUUUUCAUUUGUAGACGGUUAACCAUUGAUUAUGCAAGUCACAUAACAAAGUGACAGUAGUUAACUGAAAGAGCCAUAAAGAGUUCAGAUUUAACUUUUGAGAACUUCUUGACCUGUUUUUUGUAUUUCAUGACAAAUUUUAGUGAAUGGACAAAUUGUGUUCAGUAUUUACCACAGUAGUAUUCACACUUUGAAUAACAGUAGAUUCAGAAUAGGA